CAACGAAGUCGUCAUCCCUCAAGUCGAUAUGUAUUCAAUACGUACUAAUUUACAAGUAAAGAAUUAAUUGUUUAAUGUUAUCAGUGUUAAAUGACCACAGACUAUAAAAAUGAAUAUAGAUGAAAAACUGUCAGGGACGGGUGGGGCGUCGCAGAGAAAUUGGACUCAUUUGAACACCAGCAAUGAUGAGUUGCCUUUGGACAUGCGGUUUAAUCAUGGUCACAUGGUGUCUAUAACAGUGUAUAGUGUGUUAAUGGUGGUCUCCGCCACAGGGAACUUAACAGUGCUCUCACAAUUAGUGAAGAGGCGGAGAAUAGGUCGCGCGAGCAGACUUGACGUACUGUUAAUGCAUUUAGCUGUGGCCGAUCUUAUGGUGACAUUCCUGAUGAUGCCGCUGGAGAUUGCGUGGGCGGCAACGGUGCAGUGGCUGGCUGGAGAUCUACUCUGCCGCACCAUGAUGUUUACAAGGACAUUCGGCCUCUACCUCUCGAGUUUUGUACUCAUAUGUAUAGCUAUUGAUAGGUACUACGCAAUAUUAAAGCCGCUGAAUGUAACAUGGGAAGCUCGAGUCAAAAGAGCACUGUCCAUUGCCUGGGCGUGUGCCGGCCUCGCCAGCCUGCCGCAGAGCUUCAUUUUUCACGUUGAGGAACACCCUGACGUUAAAGGGUACUUCCAGUGCGUGUCAUACGGGUCGCUGCCUACUGAAGACCACGAAUUCGCGUACUUCCUGGUGAACAUGUUAUUGAUGUAUGUAGCACCACUCGUGUCAACGCUCUAUUGUUCCUCCGCCGCGCUAUUAGAAAUCAUCCGGAGAGCGAACACCGCCAAUGACAAAAUGCGUCGAAGCGGAGUUGGGAUCCUGGGUCGGGCGAGAGCUCGUACCCUCAAGAUGACGGUGACAAUCGUCCUCGUAUUCUUUACAUGUUGGUCACCAUAUUAUUGCUAUUGUUUGUGGUUCUGGAUAGACAAGGAUGCGCUGAAAGACGUGGACCCUGCAGUACAGAAAGCAAUGUGGCUGUUCUCAUGUACCAACUCCUGCGCAAACCCCAUAGUAUAUGGUGUCUUCAACAGGAACAGAUGGACGUGGCGGACUGGACUUAACACGAGAUGUCGAAAUGGCAACGUGCGCCGGGGUUCAAGACUUCCAUACUAUGGGGAAUCCAUGGAAAUAUCUGCAGCAACGCUAGCUCGAGCUCGCAGCUCGCUCCCCGAACGGAACAGCCAACGAGACUCGAAUGGUACUACACAGAAUGGAACUAAAAAGCACUUAAACAACAACAAUCAUGUUGACAAUGGUAUGGUUUAGUAUUUAAAACUAAUUCAAAAAAGAAAAGAAACGAGAGAAUAUCUUAUAUAACAGUUAUUCUCAAAUCGGUACAAAGAACCGUUAUAACGUUAAUUGAUACAAAUAACGAGUACGUUACUUCGGAAACGUGUUAUGACGUUGUCAAAUAUUUGUAAUGAAUGAAAUCAUAUUUUUAUACUGUAAAUUGAGUGGUGAAGUUCGCAUAAUUAUUAGUAGUCAUCAGAUUUAAAGUCAAUAUUUGUAGAUGUAAAUUUCUUAAACUAAUUGGUGUAAUAUAGGUUUUUUUGUAUAAAUAAAUUUGUAUAAAAGCUAGAUUUAGAAACUAAUUCCUAUUAGUUUGUUACGUCAAAAGAAUACGAUAUCAAAACAUUAUCAUAGUAAUGAGUUUUCCUGUGACCUUCAGUGCAAACAUACAUCUACGAUAUUUAUCAACAGUUCAUAAUAUAAAUUACUAAAAUUGUAAAGAAAGCUUUAAGCAUCAGUCUGGACGUAUAUUUAGUAUUUAAGUUUUUUUAUGAUUGUCGUUUAUUACUAUAAUUGUGCCAUGCCUUAUAAUUCAAUGUUGUAUGUAUACAUUCCUGUUUGUAAAUACAUAUUUCGUUUAAAUUAUCUUAACUUGUUACAUAGAUAUAUUUUAAUAUAGGAUACUCAUGUGUUAAGAUGGCAAGGAUUCAAUAACAUUCCAAUAAUCAUGACCUUAUGUUGAUAGUUCCUAAACGUUACAUAAUAACGUAAUAUUUUUUUAACUUAUAAGACUGACUGACAGACCAUAUUGAGGUGUAUUAAAUAUUGGAUUGAUGAAUGAACCAGACAGUUAAUUAUAUAACCUUCAAAAAUUACUAUAACGCCAUCUGUCUCGUCUUACUCUAACAGCUUGUGAUCCUUAAAAGGUUGUUUUUAUACUCCUGAAUACUUAUCUUCAUAAUAUGUAGGAUGUUUUUUGUUUUAUUAUUAAAUGUUGUCCCUUGGCUGUGAGGUGAUUGAGACUAAGUUGUAUGUUUUAAAAGAUUGAUUUUACCAAAUGUUAUAUGUUAAGGUUUUAAGUGAAAAGACAAA